AUGGUUAAGGGUCAAACAACGUGUCAAUUUCAGAUGCCUGUACGAAGGUUCUCACCGAUUCCGAUGAGCGCCGAGGAAGAGCGAAAGUUCUUGAUGACUCGUUUGCACACUCUACAAGCCAAGGUGUUGACGUCAAAUUUGAGGUUGCCUCCACAAUUCAAGGCGAAACUCGAUGAAUUCGAUCCGAACGAGUUCAAUUCAACCGGAGAGCCACUUUUAAUUGCUGUGAUGAAGUACUUGGAGAGCAGAGAAGAUCGCUUGAAAUACCUCAAAUUGCUGUUGGACAAUGGUGCAAACGUGAAUGAGCAAGAUUUGCGUGAUGGGCGAACAGCGCUCAUGUUUGCAUGCAUGGAAGAGUCACGACUUGACGAGGGCAAACUUCUGAUGCGAACGAAAGGUUGCAGUUUCCAAGUGCAGGAUCGUCUGGGCAAUACAGCGGUGAUGUAUGCGGCAAUGAAAGGUCGUGAGGAUCUCAUGAUUGAAAUGGUUACGGAACUAUCGAAGGGUUGGGGUUUAUCGGUACUGCAAAUGAAGAACUGUAUGGGUAAUACGGCUGAGGAUUUGGCAAUUCGAAAUAGCCAUCAUCGAUGUGCGAGACUGGUUCAAGCUCAGAGAUUGCACAUGUUGUCAUGUCUGAACAGACAGAUGGAUAUGGUCGGUCGGUUGGGAUCAAAACAAUGGGUCACCUAUACGACUCUCUACAAAUGCAUUGACAAAUGGAAACCACGUCCACGAAGGAAGUCAGUUGACGCAAGGUUUUUGAGUGUUCAUCAACGGGAACGAAAACAGUCAAUGUGA